AUGAUUGCGCACUUGUACACACCUUAUAUAUUGGGUUAUGGUACUGCAAGUUUGAGCGGCGGUAAAGCUGGGUGGACGCUAUAUGAGUGCGUCGAUUGUGGGAACAAAUACAAGCACAAAGGAUCGCUACAAAGGCAUAUUAAAUACGAGUGUAGGAAGCAGCCCAGUUUCAAAUGUCCGUAUUGCGUGUACCGCGCCUACCAGAAACACAAUCUACUGCUGCACGAGCGCCACCUGCACAAAGAUUUACCAGAGAAGCUUCACGAUCGCCGGAUCACCCGUGCAACUUACUUAACUUUCAAGAAAGAAUUCUUAGAAGCAGAAGAAUCAGGUUACCAGCAACAAGUUACCAUUAGUGAUACGGAUUUUAUGAAAUCGGUAAUGCAUAAUAUGAUGCCAGCGCUGAAGAUGCAGAUUUAUGACAGCAUGUACCAGUGUGAAAAGUGUAAUAGAAAAUACAGACAUAAAAGUACAUAUAGAAGACACGUUACGUAUGAAUGUGGUAAAGAACCAAAGUUCAGAUGCCCCUUUUUCGAUUGCACCUACAAAGCAUAUCAGAAAACUCACACGGACGCACAUGUAAAAACUAAGCAUCGACUAAUGAUGGUGGAAUACAAAGGAUGA